UUUCAGUUUUUACAGUUUUUGCAGUAAAAAAUUGUUCAUAUUAAUUUUUCUUUGCUUGUUUUUGCAGAUUACGGCUUACGAAUUAAACAUGACAAACGGAGACUUUAUUUUUUUCACCUUGGCGCUGCAGCCGACACCCGGUAGUCCGUAUUUGCUCAGUUGGAAAGCGAAUGACGCGGAUGAUGAGAAAGCCAGGAAAGCCUUCGAAUCGGUAAUUAUCUCAUCGGACACACUCUUCGAAUGGGAUGACCUGGAGGAAUUUAUCAAUAAAACCGCUCAAACGUCCCAGAGUGUUUACAAUAUCACUGUCCCGCUCAGUUACCGGAAGAACGAAGCCACGGCGCUGAUAUACGAUCUGCUGUCAAAUUUUGCCGAGUACCUUAAUCGAUCUGUCGAUCAAAUGGCCAACAUGACACCGGCACAAUUCGCGCACAACCUCCGCCAGCAGAUUUAUAGCAAACGGUCAAGUUCUACCCGCGUCGCCAGAUCCGGCAUGGCCAGCUUUCUCAUUCCGUUGCUGCGCUUGAACCCCCGCAACGGCAAAUUCGAGUUGGCUGCAAAGUAUGAUACGGAAAUACAGAAACUUCACAUUGUGGAUCCGGAGCUUUGGAAAUGGCAUAAUUCCACAGCGUUUCCGACCAAUGAUCCCAAAUGUGGAUUUGAUAGACAGCAUUGUCUGGCUUUAGGAAGUGACCUGACCAUCACACUGUUAGUACUCGGUCUUUGCGCCCUAAUAAUUAUGGCGUGUGGAGCUAUAUAUUAUUAUCGGCAACGGAUAAAAGAGCAAGAAUUUCGGCAUAUGUUUCUUUAUAAACCCGGUAUAACGCCAUCCACCGGCAAAUAUUCCAUCAAAUCAUACGAAAGUGUCUGUGCAUUAACGUACCAUGGACCGUUGUUGCAAUUAGACAAUCAGCAGGUUUUGUCCAUUUCCCUUCCGGAUAGACUGAACGUCAAGCUCUUGUCGCGGAAUAAAGCCUUUCGGAACAUAAGUUUAACGGUCCAUGGUUUGUACCACGCCAAUGUCGGGCGGUUUUAUGGGGUAAAGGUGGAAGAGAAAGGCCCGUGUGAAUUAUUAAUGGAGUUCAGUCAUCGUGGCACCUUACAUGACGUCCUCAGUCAGAAGAACAGUUUCACCGAUGUGGCCGUCCGGCUGUCAUUUCUCUAUGACCUCGUCAAAGGACUGAUGUACAUACACAGUUCGGCGCUGGGAUACCAUGGAACGCUAACCGCUACAACCUGCUUCAUCGAUAGCCGGUUCACGUUGAAAAUAUCGCACGCCGGCUUCGACCGCAUAUCCCAAGCAGUGAACACCGAGCCGAAGAUGAUGCGCGUUAAACAAAGCACAAACCAUUUAAUAGUAUGCCGUGCGGAUGAUGUACACGGUUUUGGCAUCAUUGCGUUUGAUGCGUUAAAGCUAAAAGCUUUGUCGUCACGCACCGAGGAUGGAACGGUAAAGAAGACCCCACUGGAGAUCGAUAUUGAGGACUGUAUGCGGAGUGACUACAAUCUACGACCGCCGAUAUUUGGGAUUAAGCGAUCAUUUCAAAAGCUUUCUAAUCUGCCGCAAAACGUGGUUUCGCACAUGCUCAAAUUGCUUGACCAGCAGACGCAACAGUUGGAACAUCUGGUACAGGUCAAAACGGCUACAUUGGUGGAGGAAACUACCAAAACCGAUAUGCUCCUUGCCGAAAUGCUUCCAAGAUCCAUCAUAAAACAGCUACGCAAUAAGGAACCACUCAGUGCCGAAUCAUUCGAUAGUGUAUCCAUUCUAUUUAGCGACCUACCCGUUUUUGCCAAGCUAGUAAUGAAGUGCUCACCACUAGAAGUGAUUGACCUUUUGAAUCGGACACAUUCGGCAUUCGACGAGGUGGUGCCGUACUAUGAUGCUUAUAAAGUGGAAACCAUAAACGACAGUUAUAUGAUAUCUAGCGGCAUACCAAUGCGCAACCAUAAUCAUGCGGAUGUGUUAUGCCUCCUGGGACGGGCGAUUCUGGAACGCUGUAAAAUUUCAGCCGACAUGACGCACGACAAAAUGGAGUUAAGCAUCAGAAUCGGGAUAAAUUCGGGCCCAGUAGUUGCGGGGGUCAUCGGGACAAAAGCACCACGCUAUUGUCUGUAUGUAUACGUUGGUAACGCGUUCCCACUGUGA